CACUAAAAUACGCCCCACCUCUUCCGCUCUACCCUGAUCCUUGAAUAUUUGAGUUCCGCUUUCUGUUGUGGAGAGAGCUACUAGUGCUGAUCAGCAUAAUAAUAUCGCAUCAACAAUAACCACAAGGGAUCCAUCCUUCUUAACUGAACGUUUCGUGUAUAGUGAAGCCGGUAUUGGUCGUGAUCGUAAGUCGUGUAUUCUGGGAGAUUUCUGAAAGAUAUUUAACCUCUGUUGGUGCUGCACUGUGUUUGUGGUGGGACUGACAAGCUGUGCGGACACUGUUUACUGAAGACUCGGGCUGGGAUUGUGAAAGAGAGAUUUUGCAACAUUUUGCAACAGCUCAAUCUCUUUAUUAAAAAUUAAAUGCCAGUUAAUACUGCAGACAAUGCACACGCCAAGCACCCGUUUUUAAAGGCCGUUCUGUGAACCACACCCAGCCUCCACCUGUGCUGCUAUGCCUCUGGUUCACGAACGAGCUCUGGAUUGAGAAGGACCCCCUGCCUUAAGGAAGUCACCCCAAGCCCCCUCCUCCCCUCCCGGACCCCAGAAUGAGUGGCCAGCGCGUGGAUGCCAAGGUGGUGAUGCUGGGGAAAGAGUACGUGGGCAAGACCAGCCUGGUGGAGAGAUACGUCCACAAACGCUUCCUCGUGGGGCCCUACCAGAACACUAUCGGAGCAGCAUUCGUUGCCAAACCAAUCCAAGUAGGAGAGAGAGUGGUGACCCUGGGGAUCUGGGACACGGCCGGAUCAGAGCGCUAUGAGGCCAUGAGCCGGAUCUACUACCGAGGAGCCAAAGCAGCCAUCGUGUGCUACGAUCUGACGGACAGUAGCAGUUUUCAGAGGGUCCAGUUCUGGGUGAAGGAAUUGCAGAGCUGUGAAGAACUGUGCAGAAUCUACUUGUGCGGCACCAAGAGUGACCUCGUUGGGAAUGACCGCAGCACGAGGAAGGUGGAUUACCACGAUGUCCAGGACUACGCUGACGAGAUUAAAGCUCAGCUGUUUGAAACGUCGAGUAAAGAGGGUCGGAAUAUAGAUGAGCUGUUCCAGAAAGUAGCCGAGGAUUAUCACAACAGCACCUCCUUCCAACUGAUGACAGAGGAGAAGGGGGUCGACCUGGGACAGAAGAGGGACUCCUAUUUCUAUUCCUGCUGCCACUGAUCCGGGACCGAGGCAUGCUGGGGGAGGGGGAGGGGUCCGUGUCCCAUCCCAAAACAUUUGUUGCUUUUAAAUAAAAAAAAAAAAAAAAAAACAUCAAUUAAGCCAAUAAGAAGCGGGAUUCGGUUUGGAACCAGCGAAGGACUGAUGCUGACCCGUGAUUGGCUUAAUAAUCCCCUCUUUGUAAAUAUUAUGAGCUAGCCUAGUUAUUUAAAUGCAUUGUGACCAUUCUGUUCAAUGUUUUUUUUGUUAAUUAUUUUUUUAUUGCAGUGCUUGCUCACCCUGGCUGCACCCCUAACUGGACUGCUGCAGACAGGUCUUGCACUUCCACACUCGAAUCUUGCCUUGCAAUAGGUUUAUUUUUCUCAUUGAAACUUUUAGCCUAAAAAGUAGGAAUUUAAGAUACAUGCUUACUGCGUUUUGACAGCGUUGACAAAGCAAGUCCUGGGGUUACAGCAUGCAACUUAUUAUUUUUUUUUUUUUUAAAGCAACAUUUCUGUCUAGGUUUCUGAAUUCUAGUUUAUCAACCUACUGUACAAUUAAAAACACACACAUCACUACAUAUUGCAGCAUGAUGUGGCGAGAUGGGAGUUCUGUAACAACACAGUGAACAAAAAUAAGCUAUGCUGUGAGGGAUGUUGUGUUUGCAGUUUUAUAAACAAAUCUGCCGAUUUUAGAGCGUGCCUAAAUCCAGCAUGCAAAGCAUGUACGUUAUAUUUUAUCUGUUUAUUUAUUGAGGCAGCUCGUUCAAACAAAAGCACCGUGCAGCUGAGAAAUGUAAAGCUGACAAAAGCUACUCCUGCAGCACAAAGCUGGAGGCGUCCGCACUGCAGCGAUUCACUAAAAAAACGUGGCUGUAUCGAUCUAGUGCUAAAUAUCAAAGCUCUCGGGCAGCCUGAAGCAGCGACUCCUCUCUCUGCGAGUGGCAGUGUUCCUGAGGGCAUCCCCGGCGAUGGUCUGAAACCGGAGUGCUUUCUCUGUAGCUGCUUCCAGGCUUGGUUCCUGGAACAGUAACAACCAGCACGUUUCCAGCGGUGGCUAGCGAGUCGUUUGGUUCGUUCCAUUGCUGCUGAUGUGGAAGCUAAGAAAUGAAACCCUGUUGGUGAAGGAGUCUCCACACUCGCGAUCAGGACAAGAAGCUUUCGUUGUGAUGGAUGGGGACCACACUGACUGGACAGACACUGGCUAGAGAGAGCGCCUGUGAUCCAUGCUCAUACUCUGCUGAGUGUUUUUUUUUUUUUUUUUGGUCUGCACUUUACUAGUGUUUUCACGGCAGCAUUGUUGGGCCUGUACUGUUUCACCCUGAACACAUCUGUCUCUCUGUGCUUUGACAGUGGCACUGAUUGUUCCGUUUUAAAUCACACUACAAAUAAAACCAUUAAAUAUGGUAUUUUUAAGACAUGGUUAAAAACUGAAAUCAAUAAGAUACUUUGGUUUCAACUGUAGCUGGAUAUAGAUACCUUAAUGUUUUUUUUUUUUUAUUUUAAAUGAGUUUAAUUUCAUGUCUUAUUAAAUGGCUGUGGAUUCAAGCAUCUGA